AUGGGGACAAAAUACAUAGUGUUUCUUUACCUACUUAAAAGCGUGAGCACAGAUAUUUUAAGAUUAGAAUGUAAACAAGAAGCAAAAUUUAAUGAUAUCACAACAAACAAAAAACUUGUUCCUGUCGGUCAGCCGCUUGAUCGUGUCAUUGUGAAGAGAAGGAGCGCAUGUGUAACACAUUGCAUGUUAAAGAAACAGUGUUCUUCCAUUAACUACAAUCGUAAAACGUUGGAAUGCGAACUGCUGCGAGAGGUGACACAGGAUGUUGGAGUAAGCCUUAAUGAAAGUGACGGAUGGAGUCAUUUGCAGACAAGUGGUGACGAGCUUACGCUUGGUGAGAAUUGUGAGAUUAUGUCUCCCUGUGGCGGGCACAAAUGUCGCGAUACAUGCACACUGAAAGGCUACAGGUGUCUUUGUUCACCUGGUUUUGUUGGAGCAGAGUGCACAUCCUACCUAGGUCCUGGCGCCCAUUUCGAUUACCCAUCUUGGUCUAUUGAAUACUUGAGAAGUCAGCGUGAGUUCGGAUUGCAGGACGGUUUUUACUGGCUAGUCAAUUCAACUAAUGGGAAAACAGAAUAUAACUAUGUUGAUGUUUCAAACACCAAAUUUGAUGGAACAUAUCAACAGCCUGCAGUGUCGUGUGCUCAACUAUUUGAUGAUUAUCCUUUGUUGCCAAAUGGUGAAUACUGGUUAAAUCUGAAUGGUACUCAAAAAAAAUUCUGCCAGCAUGCUGCUGUCAAUGGUGUUUGGAGUGCUUGGAUAAACAACAAUGAUUGUUCUGUUACUUGUGGAGAUGGACAAGAGACAAGAACACGUACUUGCAAUAACCCAGCUCCAUCUCAUGGAGGGAAUCAAUGUGUUGAUUCAAAGGGUGGUUAUGAGUUAAUAGAAUCUGGAGUUGUGGCAUGCACAAGGUCGUCUUGUCCACCUGCUGUCAAUGGUGUUUGGGGUGCUUGGGUAAACAACAAUGAUUGUUCUGUUACUUGCGGAAGUGGACAGGAGACAAGAACACGUACCUGCAAUAACCCAGCUCCAUCUCACGGAGGGAAUGAAUGUAUUGAUUCAAAUGGCGCUAAUGCUUUAACAGAGCAAGAAAAUAUUCCAUGCACACAAAGUCCUUGUCCAGCUGCUGUUGAUGGUGUUUGGAGUGCUUGGAUAAACAACAAUGAUUGUUCUGUUACUUGUGGAGAUGGACAAGAGACAAGAACACGUACUUGCAAUAACCCAGCUCCAUCUCAUGGAGGGAGUCAAUGUGUUGAUUUAAAUGGUGCUAAUGCUUUAACAGAGGAAGAAAAUAUUCCAUGCACACAAAGUCCUUGUCCAGAUAAAGGCCCGAUUGAAGAUGCACCCGAUCUGGUUUUAAUGCAUAUUUAUGUUGUUGUUGAGACCCAAAAAUCAAAGAAAAGAAAACCCACUUCCAUUUCAGUGCAUGGUGUUUGGGGUGCUUGGGUGAACAGCAAUGAUUGUUCUGUUACUUGUGGAAGUGGACAGGAAACAAGAACACGUACCUGCAAUAACCCAGCUCCAUCUAAUGGAGGGAAUGAAUGUGUUGAUUUAAAUGGUGCUAAUGCUUUAACAGAGCAAGGAACUACCCCAUGCACACAAAGUUCGUGUCCAGCUGCUGUUGAUGGUGUUUGGAGUGCUUGGAUAAACAACAAUGAUUGUUCUGUUACUUGUGGAGAUGGACAAGAGACAAGAACACGUACUUGCAAUAACCCAGCUCCAUCUUAUGGAGGGAGUCAAUGUGUUGAUUUAAAUGGUGCUAAUGCUUUAACAGAGGAAGAAAAUAUUCCAUGCACACAAAGUCCUUGUCCAGUGCAUGGUGUUUGGGGUGCUUGGGUGAACAACAAUGAUUGUUCUGUUACUUGUGGAAGUGGACAGAAAACAAGAACACGUACCUGCAAUAACCCAGCUCCAUCUAAUGGAGGGAAUGAAUGUGUUGAUUUAAAUGGUGCUAAUGCUUUAACAGAGCAAGGAACUACCCCAUGCACACAAAGUUCGUGUCCAGCUGCUGUUGAUGGUGUUUGGAGUGCUUGGAUAAACAACAAUGAUUGUUCUGUUACUUGUGGAGAUGGACAAGAGACAAGAACACGUACUUGCAAUAACCCAGCUCCAUCUCAUGGAGGGAGUCAAUGUGUUGAUUUAAAUGGUGCUAAUGCUUUAACAGAGGAAGAAAAUAUUCCAUGCACACAAAGUUCGUGUCCAGAGACUAUCAAUUUAGGCAAGUAUUACUGGAGCCCAAAGCCAUUUCUACUACGACAAGAUCAAAAUACGUGUGUUGUUGAAAGUGCGUUUAUAACCUCUUCUGGGAGCGAUACAUUAAAUUUGGACUCACAAUGCACAAAUGUUUUUUUUCUAAAAAUGGCUGCAUUUUUCUUUUUAGUGAAUGGUGUUUGGAGUGCUUGGAUAAACAACAAUGAUUGUUCUGUUACUUGUGGAGAUGGACAAGAGACAAGAACACGUACUUGCAAUAACCCAGCUCCAUCUCAUGGAGGGAGUCAAUGUGUUGAUUUAAAUGGUGCUAAUGCUUUAACAGAGGAAGAAAAUAUUCCAUGCACACAAAGUUCGUGUCCAGUGAAUGGUGUUUGGAGUGCUUGGAUAAACAACAAUGAUUGUUCUGUUACUUGUGGAGAUGGACAAGAGACAAGAACACGUACUUGCAAUAACCCAGCUCCAUCUCAUGGAGGGAGUCAAUGUGUUGAUUUAAAUGGUGCUAAUGCUUUAACAGAGGAAGAAAAUAUUCCAUGCACACAAAGUUCGUGUCCAGUGAAUGGUGUUUGGAGUGCUUGGAUAAACAACAAUGAUUGUUCUGUUACUUGUGGAGAUGGACAGGAGACAAAAACACGUACUUGCAAUAAUCCAGCUCCAUCUCAUGGAGGGAGUCAAUGUGUUGAUUUAAAUGGUGCUAAUGCUUUAACAGAGCAAGGAACUACCCCAUGCACACGAAGUCCUUGUCCAGUGCAUGGAAACUGGAGUGCUUGGAUAAACAACAAUGAUUGUUCUGUUACUUGUGGAGAUGGACAAGAGACAAGAAGUCGUAUCUGCAAUAACCCACUUCCAUCUGAUGGAGGGAAUUUGUGUCUUGAUUCCAAAAAUAAUAGAGUAUGGACAGAGCAAGGGACUAUUCCAUGCACACAAAACCCUUGCCCAGUCAAUGGUGACUGGAGCUCAUGGAGUGGGUGGACAUCAUGUUCGCAAACGUGUGGAACAGGUAACAUGGUGCGGACACGAACAUGUACGAAUCCAACACCAGCUAACGGAGGAGACGAUUGUGCUGUGACGGGAGGAACAAACACGAUUGAAAGUGAAAAUCAAAAUUGUAACCAAUUUCUCUGUCCAGAUUACAAGUGCACAUUUGAGACAGCAGAUUUGGCUCCAACAGAUUGCGGUAUAACAUUUGAUAUUGUUGACACUCGCUGGUUUGUGUGGGCAAAUAGCACACAUUCCCCAGGUACUGGUCCAGCGGCUGACCACACUUAUGGGUUAUCUAAUCCGAUUGGUUACUACAUUUACUUCGAAAGCAGCACUGAAAAAUAUAAUAUAGAUCUAAAUAAUGAGAACGAUUUUGAGCAAACUUACAAUUGGAUUUCAAUAAAAGAUCAGGCCCCAUUUUCUGGUGAUAGGUGUUUUACUUUUUGGAUGCAAAUUUACCAGUCACAAUCGACCGUCCACGAUAUGGGAGUAUUCACUGUCAAGCAAAUUGAUCAAGUGACAAGUACAGAGCAUAUCUUGUAUCAUACUGAUGAAAAUCAAGCAAGUGAUAGUUGGAUACCGCGGAAAGCUCCGUUACACCCCACAGUCAACAACUACGAGGUAUAUUCACCGAAUAAAAAAAAUACAAUUCUUCUGAUAGAAAAGAAUCAGAGUACAUAAAAUUAACAAAAUUUUUAUAUUAUUCUUUGCUGGUUUCGCGCGAAUGAGUCCAAAAAAAACAAAACCAAAAUCGCUAUUAUCAAAGUGUGAAAAAUUGUGCAAUAUGAUGUACAUUUUCUCGUUCUUCAGCCUUUAUGCAAAAAUUAAAGAACUUGAAAAAUAUACGACAUAUUGCACUUGAAACCGUGCGAUAAUUAGUACACAUUGCAAAUAUAUAUUUCCAAUUUAAAUGAACAUACGAUGUAAGUAGGAAAAGCGAAUAAAUGGAAAAAACGUCUUUUCCACUUUAUGAAGAUCAGCUUCGGCUAGAAUUUUAAUGCGGGAUAGGGCAAAAAUGUUUCCAGAGU